UCACUCGCUCGAGAACACGCCGCCGCGUUAGCGCCAUCCGUCGCUAAGUCCGCCCGCCGUCGUCCUUCUCACCAGCACAUCCGUCAAAGCGAGCGUACACGCUCCCAAUAAAGACUGAAGAAACCCAUCUCCCGCAAGACAGACGUCGCUAAACUCGGUUUGGCCUCUCGAAUUCCGCGCAUCUGAACCUCGACCCUCGCCGAAAUUCGACCCAAACCCCGCUUAUGGGAUAGCCCUCUGACACUUUACUGCAGCCAGACGACUACGCGAAGAAACCAACGAUGAUUGCCCCCACCAACAAGCCGUCGCACGUACAGCACGAGCACCUGUCGUUUUUGAUCUUGGACGCCCCAAACGACACCAACCUCCCUCUGUACAUCAAGGAAUUCAAAAAGUACCAAGUCACCGACAUUGUGCGUGCCUGCGAGCCCACAUACUCUCGCUCUACGGUGGAAACUGCCGGGUUCAAGCUCCAUGAAAUGGAAUUUCCCGACGGGGAGCCCCCAAGCGGUGAGAUCAUCAACCAGUGGCUCGACUUGGUUGAAACCACCUUCAAAGACAACGCGAAACAAAACGCCGGGAACAAUACGAACGACAAGACGAUCGCCGUGCAUUGUGUCGCCGGGCUCGGCCGCGCCCCAGUCUUGGUGGCGAUCGCCUUGAUUGAAAACGGUCUUGACGUGAUCAACGCCGUCGAGCACAUUCGCCAAAGCCGCCGUGGCGCAAUCAACUUGCGCCAACUCAAAUACCUCGAAAAGUAUCAACCGAUCCGCAAGGACAAGGGCAAGUGCUCCAUCAUGUAGGCUGAUUCGAACGAACACAUCGAGCAUUCCGUGACUAAUAAUGCACGUCCCCACCGUCACACUCUUGUCAGGAUGGUGUUUCUCUCGCGA